AUGGAUCGGAAUUUAGCCCCACCGGCGUUCCGAUCGGCGAGAAAUUUUGGCCUUCAUUCAUCAGUCAUCACUCACAUGCCCACGCGACAUCCUCGCAUACCAAAUGUCAAGCUCAUAUACCGUUUCUAUCGUUCAUACAAAAUACGCUCUUUGGUGCAAGCCAACGCGCCAAAGGACCACAAUCUCACAUUACCCACGUUGAACAUUGUGCCAGCGCCCUUUACCUGGAGAUCUGGGGGCGACAAGCCACCACAAGCGUUAUUCGCCAAAGUCCAACUUCACCUUCGAAAGUCCAUUACCAUGGAUACAAACAUACUUCCUGUCGAUCCAGAAAAACUGGGAAACAUCAGUUUCCAAGACGCCAAGCAGGACUUGAUAGACGAUUGGGACAUUCAAUAUGUGGAAGGGAAGGAUUACGAAAGCCUCAAGAGAGCAGCCGGAGAGCUUCUCAACACCGAUACGCCCGUCGCAUUUCCAACAGAGACUGUCUACGGGCUUGGAGCAGAUGCGACAAGAAGCUCGGCCGUGAAGGCUAUAUUUGCUGCCAAGGGACGACCGGCGGACAACCCGUUGAUAGUACAUAUUCAUUCGCUACGACAGUUGCGGGCAAUACUAUCAGGGGGCAAAGAGAAUUUGAAAGGAGCAGUAGGACCAGAGGAUGAUCCUAUACCAGCGAUAUAUAGGCCGAUCAUCGAACGUUUCUGGCCUGGUCCCAUCACGAUCAUUCUCCCGGCACCCGACAGUUCGAUGCUUGCGCCAGAAGUCACUGCCGGCUUGCCAACUUUUGGAGCUCGUAUGCCACGAUCUAUUCUCGCGCUCUCUCUGCUUCGCCUAUGUGGAAGGCCACUCGCAGCUCCAUCUGCGAAUGCAUCGACGCGCCCUUCACCGACGGCAGCCGAACACGUCUUCGAUGAUCUCCAGGAGAGAAUACGCACUAUCAUUGAUGGGGGUCCGUGUGAAGUCGGAGUGGAAAGUACUGUUGUGGACGGUCUGUCAAGUCCACCAAGCAUACUCCGACCUGGGGGUAUAACUGUAGAGCAAUUGAGGCAAUGUCCGGGCUGGGAGAACGUCGUGGUCGGUUACAAGGAUAGUCAGGAAGGAGGGGCAAGUAAGCCAAGAGCCCCAGGGAUGAAGUAUAGACAUUACAGCCCGAAAGCCAAGGUCAUCCUGUUUGAAGCUGGGGCAGGACAGCCUUCUCGAGCAGAAGUUACGAGAGAGAACACUGUGGGAGUGAUUCGAACAAUUAGUUGGCAGCCAGUUCUGGGCCUUGCGAAAGUGCAGCAGAAUGGGUCACAUACGAAUGGACAUGAAGUUCAACUAUCGCAACCAUCAUACUCGACACAGAAACAAGACACCUCUACACGUAGAUCCAACCUACUACGAUCGGUCGUUCAGCACCAGAUACCACAUGCAGAGCACCACAAGUCGGCAACAAAUGACACCAAUAUCUGGGACAUAUAUCUCGGCGCCGACACUCAAGAUGUUGCGCGGGGUCUCUUUUCAGCUUUACGCGAACUAGACAAGAAGGGUGCCGAUGUCAUAUAUGUAGAAGGUAUAGAUGACAAGGCUGGGGAUGAUAUAGCAGCUGCAGUCAUGAACCGCUUACGAAAGGCAGCUGAGAUCAGACAAUAA